AAUUAGAGCCACAAUUUCUCUUGGAGCAACCAUUCUUCUGGCCAUUAUUGGCUCAUGCAAUUGCAAUGUCAACGGUCAUUUGGAAUCCACUUCUCUUCUUUUGGCUAACAAAGAGAAAAAGGAAAUCACAAAUGCAUCGUUUCAGUGUUUCAUUUAAUGCUUUCGGUACAACAAAUUCACGGACAAACUCAGUGCAUCGCAAAUCCACAUUGAAUAGAGCAUCAAUCAUCAGAAAUGAUACGCCAAAAUUACAUCUCAGGAAUGGAUUAGCAAAUACGAAGAAUUACCUGACAGUUGAAACGGAACAAAUGGUAUGA